AUGAAGGAGUGGGAGAAGCACCGCACCGAGAUGGUGCAGCUCUACCAGGUGCACAAGCUCGGGCAGGUCAUGACUAUCAUGAAAGACAAGUACGGAUUCAAAGCAUGUCGCCGCUCUUACAUGGAGCAUUUUUCGAGAUGGGGCAUCCGGAAAUACAACCGCAACAGCGGCGGCCGCGAGGUGGUCGUGCACAACGACAGCUCGCGGCUGCCUGAUGACGAGGACGAGGACGAUGCGACCCCCUGUGACGACGGCGGCGGCGGCCUUUUUCUCGCGAGCAACAGCGGACGCUACGUCGUCGACCCGUCGCCAUCCUCGGCGUCGUCUGGUCGUGGCGGCCCGCAGCAGCAGCAGCAGCAGCAAGGCGACCACGAUGCCGACGGGCAGACGCUCUGCAUUGCCUACGGAAACCACCAUCACCACAACCACCACUUCACCCAUAACAACCACCAGGACCCCUACUCUCCGUAUCACGCGGCCGGCGCUGCUGCUGCUGGGGCGCUCGAGCAGCAGCACCACCAGCAUCAUCACCAACAUCAUCACCAGCAGCAGCCUCACGACCAUCAUCUACAACCCCAACUGGGACAUCAUCACUCGGCCAUCGGCCAGCAAGACUGGGGGGACCUGGCCAACGGCAGUUGGCCGACCUCGCACGACAUGGGAGAAUACGACACUGGCCUCGACGUCGCGAACCAAUACCUCGCUGCUGGCGGCAACCAUAUCCACGAUGGUCUUGGCCAGGGAGCAAUGAUGCAUCACGGCCGGAGUGCACACCAUGCGCACCACCCCAACCACACUGACUACAGACUGUGA